GGCUACACUGCUCUACACCUCGCAGCUAUCCACGGCCAGGAGGAGAUCAUUGAGUUGUUGGUUCAGGCAUACAAGGCAGAUGCCAACUUGCGAGACUACAGUGGAAAGAAAGCUAAACAGUAUUUGAAGAACUCUGCAUCGUCUAAGGCACAACAACUGCUGGUCUCCAGACGACUAGGAUCAGAUCAGAGCAACGUUAAAAUACUGGAUGAUUCCUUUAUCCGAUCGGCAUCCAUGAGAAUGAGCGACCGUGCCAAAGCGAUGUCGACUCUGCUACAGUUCAAGUCUUCUGUGGCCAGGCAGCCAAUAUUGAGGUCUAGUUGGAAUGGGACUUCAGACGAAAUGUACAGUGACAAGGAUCGGAGCUUGAAGACACCUCCCAGCAGUGCCAGCUCUUCACCUGGGCCAGCUCGGAAAAAGUCCUCCUAUGAUGCAUAUUUGAUGCCUCCACCAUCAGAUACUGGAAUGAGAAGAACACAUCAGCCAUCGAAAAAGAAAUCUUCUAGCCGAGAUGUAUCGCCCAGUUCCAGCAGCGACAGUCUAAACAUGGUAAGAUCAGGUUCGGACCCAGGUCUCUUGGAGAAAACAUUGACUUCAACAACUGUUUAG